AUGGCUUAUAUUCGUUCCAUUAACCAAACAACUUUUAAUGUGCUUGACUAUGGUGCUGUUGGAGAUGGCCAAACUGAUGAUUCUAAAAUUUCGGGUGUAGGUGUGAGUGAUGUGAAAUACAUUGAUUUUCAAGCGACUUCAGCAAGUGAAGAAGCCAUUAAAUUUGAUUGCUCCAAGAUUCUAGGUUGUGUCAACAUUGUGAUGAACCAAAUUAAUAUCGCUUUGCAAGUUGCUGGAAAGGAGAUUCAUGCCUCUUGCAACAAUGUAAAUGGAACUUCCAGUGCAACUAUUCCUGUUGUCCCUCAUCAGUGUGCAUAA